AUGUGCGACUUGCUUGUCCAACACCGUUUCGAAGACGACGUCGCCCCGACGGAAUACUUUGCCUUUGGUUACGAUGUGGUUGACGGCCGUCCUUCGGCGCUGCUGUACCAAAUGAACCGAAGCCUUAACACGUUUUUGUUCCACUGGGAUGGUACCUACAAAAUCAACAAAUUGGCCUACCCUGUCUUCGUUUGCGGUAUCUCGGAUGUGGCUAGAGUGUUCCAUCCAGUGGCCUUCUUCCUCAUCGGCAAGGAAAGUACAAGCGAAUACGCAUGGGCGAUACGUUCCCUGAUCGAUAUCUACCUCGCUGUGGUUGGCCGGUCGUUGAAGAUUAAGUUUGUCAUGGGUGAUGCUGCCCAAGCUCCGGCGCAAUCACUGUUGGUCGCUCAACCGAGCUCGUCGAGUGGACUCGCCGGGACAGGACCAGCAAGCAGCACUGGCCAUCGUAGCCGUCCGGAUUGAGCUUGGUGUGGAACACAUACUCACGUAUUUUUACCAUUGUCUUGCGUGUGUCCACAAUCGGCUGACUGGUUUGCCCCUGACAGCGAAAUCACUUGCAUUGAAGUACAUCUACGACAUGUACUAUGCGCGUAUUCAAGAGCAACUGUCGCGUUCAUGGCAGGCGGUUUGUGGGGAGUGGCUCAGUUGUGACGAAUUGAUCGCCAAGGAUUUCACUUGGUACUGUUCACGAAGAUUGCACAUCCAUCGGGAAGG